AUAUGAAUACCUUUCUCUUAUAAUAUCAAUUUUUUAAUCAUUACAACAAAUAGAUAUAGACGAUAUGAUUUUAAUUUAUUUUGUCUUUUUAACAAAAACUAGAUUCUUUGAUUAGAAUUUUAAAUUUAAAAUCUUAUCAAGAUGAUAUUUGCUUUUUUUUCUCUUUUUGUCUUGUCGAAUUCAGUAUUUUUUAUAAUAAUUAUAUAUUCAUGCUGAGUAUACAUAAAACAUGUUAAAUGUGUUUUUUAUUAUGUUUUCUUUCUAAUACAUAUUCAAAACACAAUUCAUUUGUACAUUACUCACGUAGUGAAAUUAUCGUUAAACGUAUAUAUGUAUUUUGUUCUUCCACACACUGCGAAUAAUUUAAACAAACUAUUUCACCUCGAUUUUUUUUGUUAUAAAUUAUGAAUCAUGAAAUAAUGUAUUCUAUUUUUACUUUUCGAAAAAAGACAAAGAAAAAGAAGUUUAAUGUGUACUUUUGUCAAUAUAAUUGUUUAUAUUUGUGCGUAAAUCGAUACAAAAAUAUACUAUCAUUAACAUACCUGUUUGAACCCUAUGCUUCGUUUUUUUUUAAUCUAUUUUUAGAAAGCUAAUACAACGCAUAUAUCGGAUAUUAAUAAUACACCCAUUUCUAAUGCGAAUCUUAAUAUGAGUGAUAAAAAUUAUGAUCCAUCUUCUAUAUCAACAAAAAUAAGUACAAAAUCAAGUGAUGUACAAUCAAUAGAUAAGUCAUCGUUUGAUAAAGUUCAAAAUGAGUCAUUAGCAGACACUUCAAAAUCAACUAUCAUAACAAAUAAUUCUAAACAUUUACCAUCAACAUUAAAUAAUAUAUACGUUGGUGAAAUUUUAUUAACCGAUAAAAAUGAAGAACAACAUCUUCAUUCAACAAUACCAUGUUCAUCAUCGAAACUUGAUCAUGCUACUAAAAAUGUAGCAAUAACAAAUAAAGAACAAGCAAAAUUAGAUUUAGAUAAAAAAACACAUGUAUUAUCUAUGGAUAAUGAUAAUAAAAAACCAACAAAACAUUUAAAUCCUAAUGCACCAGAUUUUAAACCAACUCAUUUAACAUCAAUAUAUCGUUCAGAAUUAGCACCUACACAUUUACAACGACAUACAACAAAUUCAAAUUCUCGUAAUAAACGUCAUGAACGUAUACGUUAUUAUUCAGAUACAUAUCAUUAUCCGGAACCUUUAACAACUUCAUCAAAUACAUCACCUAUACAACCAUUAUUAUCAAUUGUACCACAAUAUACUCCAUAUCCUCGACAAUCAUUAAGUGCAAUAACACUAUUAUCAUCAUCAUCAUCAACAAAUUCAUGGUGGCCACAAGAAUACAGUCAUACAUUAUGUCCAGCAUCAUCAUAUUGUCCAAGGCCAGCUUAUCAACUUUAUAUACCGUUAAUACAAAAACAACAACAACAAAAACAACAGUAUCAACAGUUAAUUGAUGAAAAUCAGAAUUUACAUCAUCAACAAAAAAAUAAACAUUUACCAAAACGAAUACGUACUUAUUCAGGUCGACCUUUUAUUCAUCCAAAUCAAACAACAACUGGUCGAAUACGUUCAUAUUCAGGUCCUGAAGCAUCUUUACAAUCACCAUCUGGACAUCUUGAUGGUAUUCAUUGUUUAACAAGAAUUAUGGUUGAUAUAUUACGACAAAUUAAUAAAACAUCAAACGAACAACAACAAAAAUCUCAAACAAUAUCAUCUUCCGAUUUGACUUCAUAUGCAUUUGUGAAGAAUAAAUAUCAACAGCCUCGAUAUCAUUACAUUAGACAAAAUUUAAAAACCAAAGAACAACGUCGAAAAUCUAGUGAAGCAAAAAAAGUCCUUGCUGAUAAGAGUAUGUCUACAAAAGCUUCAUCAUUAUUGCCAUCAUCGGUCGAUAAAGCAGCAGCUGUGUCUAAUGAGAAUGAAGCUGUAUCGACAAAUCUUCAUAAUAAUCAAUCAAAACAAAUAUGCCCAUUGAUUUCAAAUGAUAGAAACGAAACAAAUACAAUAAAUACCGAUUCAACAUUUUCUUCAUGUAAUAAACAAUUUUAUGAUAUUAACAACGAAGACGAGUCAAUAAAAACCAUCUCUAAUACUGUUCCAGAAGCUUCCAUUGAAAACGAAGAAAAAGAAAGAUCUGGUAAUCGAAGCCAACGUAUGGUGAAAAAACUCGAAAAUGAAGAACAACAAAAGCAACACCAGCAAAAUUCUACAUUUUCAUCGUCAUCUUCUUCGUCAGCGCCAAGGGAAAACACGACAACAUCAUUGUUGAUGAUGAAUCGGCAAGAGAAAUGUGUACCACAAUCUCUUAUGCCGGUUGUCAAUGACACUAGUAGCAUGUCUGCUGCAUCUACUCAUGGUAUUACAACAACUUCUAUCAGUUAUAAUAACAACAACAAGAAGCAGGAUGAGCAAAAUAAUCAUCGUCAAAAUAUUUCAUCGUCAAAUAAUCGUUCAAGUCGUUCGACACAUACAACACAUACAUAUGCAUCUACAAAUACCUUUAAUACAGAACCAACAUAUACUACAACACCAAUAACAGGUGAUCCUCAAACUCUUCAUUCAUGUUAUGUAACAUCAUCAAAUUAUCAUCCGCCACCACCACCAACGAGUCCAACAAAUUCAUUAACUCGUCAUUAUCGCGAAUAUGAACCAUCAUAUCCGUCAAUAACACGUUAUCGUACACCAUCAUCUUCAUCACCUUUUCGUAAAACUCAUUAUUUAGAUGAUUCCGAUGAAGAAAUAAUUAAUGAAGAAAUACUUGAAAUAACUGAUCUUAAUCAUUAUCCAACAUUAAUUGAACGUUGGGGUGAUGAUACUAAAACAAUAGUUCGACAAGAAGGUGAAUUUAAAUUUGAAGAUUUUGUUGAAUUUGAAGAAACUGAACCAACUGUUGUUGAAGAAAUUCUUUAUGAACUUGUUUAUUCUGGUGAUAAAUUAAAAACAUGUCGACAAAUUGAUCGUUCACGUUCUGAAUCAAGAAAUUUUCGUAAAAUAAAAAAACGUCGUACAAAACGAAAACGUCAACUACUUGAUGGUUCAUCUUAUUUAACAUCACAACCUAGUUCAAGAGAUACAAGUGGUACACGUUCACCAUAUUAUAAUGAUUAUCGAUAUAGUCCUGAGCGUUCAAGUACACCAACACAAUCAUCGACAUUGUCAUCAUCAUGGCAAUCAACUGGAUUUAUUCCUAAUGAUAAAUCAUCACUUGAUAUAUCUAUACGCAAUCGUUUAGAUGAUCAAAAUUAUGUUAAUUAUAUACGUGUCAAUGAAACAGAUCCAUUUCGUUCGCAUACUCAAGUUCAAUAUUAUCCACAAACCCGGAUAACAAAUCAUCUUCAGUAUAAUACAUUUCAAACAGAUUUAGGUAAUAGACAAAAUAAACAUUUUUAUGAUAAUAUAUAUGAUCUACCAACUACAAAUGAUAAUACUUUACAUAAUAUAGAAGAAUAUAUACCUGUUAUUAGUGAAGAACGAGGAAUAACAAAAAUAAAUUUAACACCAACAAAUUAUGAUUAUGCAAAUGAAAAUUUAUUAAUGAAAAAUAAAAUUGAUACAAAUAAAGAUACAUAUGAUAUUAGUUCUUUGGAUGAUUUGUUAACUUCUACUAGAACAACAGACAAUAAAGAACAAUCAAGGACAAAUAUAAUCGAUCAAACAUCUGUCCAGAAAGAAAUCAACAACCGUGAGCCAUAUCAUUCUGCUAAUAUAGAAAAACAAAUCAAUAAAAUAACGGCAUCAAAAUAUGAUGAAUUAGAAAAAGAAGAUGAAGAACACUCAAGUACAACAGAACCAACAAUACGAGAAAUUAUGAAAGAUGAUGAAACAGCAGGAAAAGAUACUGAUGAAGACGCAUCAUUUUCUGAUAGUGAACAAAUACCAUCACAAUCUUUUAUGUCAGAUGAACAAAACCAAUCAUUAAAUUUAAUAAAAACAACCGAAGAAGAAUCUCAUCCAUCAUACUUAUUAUCAACAAAUGAAAAACAAGAUGAUCAUGAAACUAUAUCUACAACAACAACAACAGCAACAGACUCAUCAAUCAAUAGAAUAAAUGAAUUGGAAACACAAUUACCAACGUCAGAUUCAAUAGAGAAAUUAUCUGAGACGACUAUUGAUCGAGAACAAAUUAAACCAAUGCAAACACUUGAAACUUCUUCUAUUGAACAUGUUACACAACAACUACUACCUGAAUAUUUAAUUGAAACAAAAGAAACUUCAUUAGAAAAAACUCCUGAAACAUCUAUACCAACAAAUAUUUCUGAUGAGAAAAAACAAUCAUUAUUCAAAGAUCAGACAAGUAGUGAAAAUGAUGAAGAACUUCGAUCAAUGUUAAAUUCAAUAACAGCUCAUCUUAUGCCAGAAUUACCACGAUAUGAUGAUGAAACUGAAGAUGAACAAUCAUUAUUGUCUGAACCAAAAUCAUCUGAAGAACCAAUAUCACAAGAUGAUCAAAGUGUCGAUUCUAUUGUACAAAAAUCAAUUGAAGACGCAAAAGAAUUAUGGACACAAUCCCAUGAUCAAAUUGGUACAGUUGAUCAAACAAAGUAA